AUGCCAAAGAUACGUAGUUUCUCUGAGAGUCCUAUGCUAUCAAACAACACCGAAACACUGCCGUUCUCUGCGAUACCUGGCCCUAGAGGAACCGUUUCAAAUAUCCUGGGUUAUACGUUUAGCAAGGGAACGCAUUUUGAUAAAGUAAAGAAACGUUUUCAAAAGUUCGGCCCAAUUUAUCGCGAGAAAGUCUUGGACAUGGACAUUGUGAACAUUUACGAUGUAGAUUCCUUGGCUAAGGUUUUAAACACAGGAGUAAAUUUCCAACUGAGACCUGGCGCAGAAGCAAUUAUGGAGAUUUUUGGCAGAAAUAUUUCUGGGAUUACAUCGUGUGAUUAUAACGAGUGGUAUCCGGAUCGAUCAUUGCUAUCGCCGAUGUUCUUACGACCAAAGGAAAUCCAUAAAAGCAUAUCCAUGAUAAAUGCUGUGGCCAACGACUUUGUUGAGAGAUUACACCAACUUAGAGAUCAAGAUGGAACAAUAAAAGACAUUGAAAAGGAACUGUCUUAUUGA